UGGCUGCAUCUAAUCAAACAAAUCGGCUUUAACAGAGUUUUUAUUUGCAUAUUGAUAGCCUGAAUCUUGACAGCAGCAGUAAAUGAUUCCUGCACUCAUGGCUUCUAGCAGCCUUGUACUGCUCACUGGACUAAUAGUGCCAUUUUGUACGGGAAUGGUCUGGAUCCUCUACAAGUACCGCUUUUGGAAAAUGGAUACACUGGUUGUUGAUGUGAAGACUCAACAGGCCCUCCGUCGAUAUGUUUUAUUUGAAUCCGUGCAUGGAAAACCAGACAGUGUGUUGCUGACCUAUAAGGAAUAUGCAAAGCAAGAUCGUCGGAUAAAGGGUUUAAUAUUUACUGCAGAACAAGAUAUUUUCCUUGCUGAUGUUGUAAAAAAAUAUAACCCUCUUACUGCUGUCGCAUUGGGCACACAGUGCGGAUAUUCUGCCAUCCAACUCUUGACUCUGCUUCCCUCCAAUGGCAAACUGUAUGCCGUGGAACAAGAUGAGAACAUGGUAGAGUCGGCUGAAGAAAUGAUAUUAGUAUCUGGCUUCAAAAACCAGCAGUUUUCUAUGUUAUUUCAACACCCAAUAGAUGCCAUACAUGCCUUGAGCAACCAUAUCAAUGAGAAUAAAGUCGAUUUGGUUUUGAUGGACCAUCAACCUGACCAAUAUCUCCAGGCAUUGCAGGCACUGGAAGAGGUUGGGGUACUGCACCAAGGUACCUUGAUACUAGCCAACAAUAUCGAACAAUCUGCAGCCAAAGAAUUCAUGGAUCAUCUUCAAAGUCAUCUGUAUUUUGAAAUCAUCAGCAGCUGUCAAGGACUAAUAGCAAUACAAUGUACAAAGACAAGGGUGUUCAACUAUAAUGAUUAGGAACAGAUCAACAAAUGUCUGCAAAAGUGACUCUCACCAGUAAAUAUAAUUAGGGAACUAGUGGGGUAUCCAUUGGUGAAGAAGUAAUGAUCAGGGCAAAGUUAUCAGUUGUGGAAUGAAAACCAAUAACUUGAAUUUAGGAUAUUGUGCACACAGCUAGCAUACAUUAUGUAAAAAGGAUAUGUUUAAAGCUCCAAAACCAGCCCCUGUCUCUGCAGUCUGACAAAUGUAAACAUUUACAUUUUUUACAAACCGCAGUGUUUACAUAUGUCACUAAGGAUGCCUGCAGUGGCAGUCAGUCAGCCACUAUAGACCUUCCUCGUGAAGACUUUCAGUAAUGAAAAGCUUUCAUGUUUGGUGUCAACAAACACUUGGAAUGCUUCUCUUAGAGAAGCGU